ACCAGUCAGAAGGCUCAGCGGUCCGCAUCCUCCAUGAGGGCCAAUGUCGCCGGCAGCACGUUGAGACAGACAAACAGCCCGCACACGGAUAAAGCGUCCUGCCGCCAGACCACCGCCGCCGUCCUCCGAAUACAUGCCGGCAGCCUCAGCAAGCACGCGCGCAUCCAGUACCCCGCGGGCGCAUCGCCCUAGCCCGCCAUGACGCCGCAAGAUGGCCUGCCCAAGCCUCCCACCCAAGAGGCCUCGUUGAUCCUGCCCCGACAGCGCGCCCUGCCCGCCGCCUCGCUGGCCUCGCUGCCCUACCGCCGCUCCAACCCGAGCCUGUCCAAGCUGUUCGAGUCGACGACGACCAUCUCCACCUCGCGCCCCAGCUCCGGCACCGCAACCCCCACGGCCACGACUGUGCCCGGCUCCGUCUUCUCGCCUGGGUCGCGCCUGAGCGGGUCGGGCACGCCCAACAGCCUGCCACCGGGCGUGUCGGACGAGCACCGCACCCUGAUCCAGCGCGCCUUCGUGCCACACGUCGCUGUCCUUGCCGAUGCGCAGACGGAGGAGCUGAUCCGGGGAAAGGGGCUGGAGGGCGGGUUCCUGCAGCUGCUGAAGCCGUUUGGAGAGGCGGUGCCGGGGAAGGUCACAAUACGAGACAGCAUUGGCGCGAGCAAGAGCUACGAGGACUUUGGCGUCCGCUUCGUCGGCGUCGAGGAUGCCUACCCCGACCCGCGCGUCGAGACAGGUGCCGGGAAGAGGACGUCGACGAGUUCUACGCGGCCACGGCGCAUGGGAGGCGAUGUGUCGCAGAUCGAGGAGCUGGUCGACAAGCACCUGCAGUACUCCGAGUUCAACCACCAGCACCCCACGUCCGACUACCUGAACAAGGGCGACCUGCCUGCUCAGACCGACAGCACCUCCUCGCCCUUCCACACCCUCUAUCUGCGCCGCCUGCUGUCAGGGAUGCCAAUAGUGCCCCACGAGACGUUCUCGCACCCAGUGGCUGGGAUAAUAGCCAUCAGCUCGCGCAACCCACAUCCCAUAGAGGAGCUGCGGCGGUUGUACAACAGACAGCAUGACGGAGACCUGCGCUUCCCCCAGUGGGUGGAGAACGACUUCCUACGGUACUACGUCUUAAUACAUGACGAGGAGACGGGCGACAUCGUCAAGUCCAACCAGACAUUCGACUCGAUGAAGCGCCAUUUCGGCCUCCACUGCCAUCUGCUACGGCUGAAGAGUCAACAAUGCAUACCCUCGGACGACGACAGCGUGCGACUCCCAACCUGCGAAUGGAUGUCUUCGUCAGAAGAACUAGCAGAGAUCCAGAGACGAGAAACCACAGACGACAUCACCGACCCCACCCCCUACUUCCCCGACUCAGACAUCAACAGCCUCCGCACCUUCAUCCGCGAACUCGUCACGCAGUCCAUAAUCCCCAACAUGGAGCGCAGCGUCUCCACCUGGAACGAGCAGAUCCUGUCCCGCCGCCGCGGCCUCUCGGGCCGCUUCAUGUCGCUCUCCAAGCGCUGGACGCCCUUCGGCAGCUCACGAAACAGCUCCUCCUCCUCCCCCGCAUCCUCAAACUCAAACUACGACAGCCUGCAGGGCUUCUACCGCCCGGACGCACCAGAAGCCAUCAUGCGCCGCCUAGCAGACUACUGCUUCAUGAUGCGCGACUGGAAGCUCGCCCUCAGCACCUACGACAUCCUACGCACAGACUUCCAAAACGACAAAGCCUGGCGCCACUACGCCGGCGCCGCCGAAAUGGCCGCCCUCUCCGCACUCAUGGCUCCGUCCCCCUUGUCUGCAAAAAACCGCGCGGAAAAUAUAGACGCUUGCAUCGAGGCGGCGAGCUACUCGUACACGGACCGCCAGCGCAGCGCAGCACCCUACUACGCCCUGCGCACCCUCGCCCUCAGCGUGGAGCUCCUGCGCCUCCGUGGCUCCAGCGCCGCAGACGACGCCGCUCGCUGGGCAUCCCGCAUCCUGGAAACCGGGCUCGUGGGCCCCAUCGGCACCGCGCUUGUCACAGAGCGCAUAGCAGCCUGUUACGCGAUCCGCACGGGCGUCGGCACAUACAAGCUCGGCAGCCGGCGCCGCAAGGCAGCGCUGUGGGCCGUGCUGGCCAGCGAGAGCUGGUGGCGCCUCGAUAAGAGUCUGCAGGCGGAGAAGUGCCUCGAUGCUGCGCUGCGGCUGUAUAAUACGCAGACGGAGAGCAGCGAGGGGGUGGUUGUCAGCUUGCCGUUCGAGGAUAUGCAGCGCUUUGUUGAUGAGUUGAGGCAGCAGAUUCUGGGGCUUAGGCUGGCGAAUCAGGGGUUUGGCGAUGAGGUGCAGGCCGAUGCGGAUCUGGAUGAGGUGCCCGAGACGCUGGAUGCGAGUCCGCGUGCGCGGAGGAGGUCGCUGGUUGCGCCGGUGGAGAUGGGGGAUGGGCCGCUUUUGAGUCCGGCGAGGGAGCGGAAGAAGGAGGUUGAUAGUAAGGCGGAGGGGUUCGAAUAGCCAAGGGGUUUUUUGUCUGUGCUGGACGCCGUUUGAUGAUUAUGUGGUAUUGCAUGACAUGGUAUGAUGACGACGAAUAUGAUGGAUGGAUGGAUGGGGGCGUAGGUUGGGGCAGUGUAGAUAUGGUAAUACAGUAAUGUACGACAAUCACGAAUGCUGAUACAAAUGCCAUCCGCUCAAGACCGUUACAUUCCUCAAAUCACAAAAGUACUAAACAAGAACUCGUCAAGUAGCACAGAAAGGAUGAGUCAUGUAUUCUAAU